AUGGCCCUUAAAAAAACUUUACAAAAAGUAUGUAGAGAAUCGGAUCCACCCAUUCUUCAGUAUAAUACUCACCCAAUCCGCCUUCAUUUUCCUUGCAACGUAUGUGUCCCUAUCUCUCUCACCAGAAAAGAUUAAAGAAGCCAUUACUUGUCUACGUCCUAAUUUUUUUCUGUUUAAAUUCUAGGUCGAGGGUGAUGGUACACUAGUUCCUGCUACAGAUGAUGACGUUAUGGAAGUGGAACAUAUGCUUAAAGAUGACAAGAAGGAUGCACCAUCCAUAGAAAGUAUGGAGAAAUUCCAGGACUACGUUUCUGAUGCUGUGUUAUCCUCGAGGAAGUCUGGCAUAAACAGCCUAGAAGGUAUUUUUCGGUCUUCUGUAGCGUUCUUGUGGGGACAUUGUUAAAAUUUACGACGGAGAGAUUGGAGUCUUGAAAUCUCUUUUCUAUUUCAAAAAUGCUUUGAUGAAUGUAGCGGAACUUUUUGGUCAUGAUUCCUUAGUUUUCUUGUGGAUUGCCAUAUUCUUGGGAGAUUCUCUUGAUUUGAACUCACACAGUUCCACAACCUCACCAUUUUUUUAUGUUUUGAGAACAUUUUGUGAUUUUUCUCAUUUUCUAUGGUGCAUGACUACCUAUCUCGAUGAGAUACAUCCUUGUGUUUCUUGUGCCAUUUGUUAUGUUUUGAGAUACUGGAUGGUUUAUCCCUUUUGUAUUCAUCAGAUGAAUUCCCGGUUUUUUUAUUCAUGUCUUUCAAAUAAAACUUGUAUUACUUGGACUUAAAAUUGCUUUUUCUUUAGGGUGUUACACUAAAUUUCACUUCAUGAGUAAAUCUGAUGUCUACAAGCAGUAAAAUCAUAACCAUCUUGUUAAUAUACUCAUAUUAUCACCAGGUACCAUAUUUUUAGGUAUAUAAUAUUUUCGGACGACCCCAAAUGGCUAAAUUUGACAUAAUUUUCCAAUAUCUAUAUAUUAUUUCGAAAAAAGUUCUUCUCUUUCCUCUUUCAACCAAUUAUGAUCAUGUUUUCUCAUCUGUGGCUGUUUUGCCUAUCUUGCUAGUUGUGGGUCCCUUAAUUUGCGAAAAUCAGUUUUCAGUUUUGUUGGGUGUGAUCUUAAUUUGGGCAGCAUUGAAUAGAAAAAAAAUCAUUUGUUAUGGGGCAACGAAGCACAUUUAACGGGAAAAUAGGAAUAUAGAAGGAAGAGAGGGUUUACAAUUUAUAGGCAUGUUUUCAUUUUUUUCAUAGAAUAACAAAAGAAGAAUAUGUCUUCCUCAAUGGUUUUCUCAAAAUAGAAAUUAGCCACCAAACGUUGAAGGAUCCAUUCCUUGAACCAUUCAUGAUGAUUGUGGUGGGCAGUUGGAGGAAUUAUUUUGGUUCGUGUUUGAACCAAAUCAUAUCAUGAUCCAAAAAUAAAACCGAAUGGAUUAUUUCUUGUUGGUCCUUACAUGUCUUGAAUAGACGCUGAGAAGUUUUGAGAGUUUUAUUUAAUUUUUUUGUCCAUAUUAAGAGAAUGUAUUUUUAGUUGAAGUCAUUGUAGGCUUGUUUAAAGUUUAACCGAUUGAUUGGUACUUUGUAAACUUGGAAUCUUAAUAAUGUCUAUCCGCCCAUUGCCUAUAUCUUGAUCAUUUGUUGCAUUUUAUGGUACUUGAUCUAAUCAAAUAGUCUUCUAUGUUUCGGAAAACUUUCUUGGGAUCAACUCUAGAAAUGCUUUGUUUUCUGUCAUGCUUCUGACUUCUUGCUGUCUAUUUGUGCCCUUUGCGUGUAUCUCAAUUUAAAUGAUGCCUGCCACAUUUGAUUUUAUAAAGAAAAUUUCUUCGUGCCAGACUUCAUCCCUAUAGAAACCGGGAUAAUUUGAUUAGCUCAUUUGGCAGGAUCAUCAUUGUCUGAAAGUUCCGUUGGCAGUUCGCAGAAGUUGAAUGCUAGACUUGAGGUCAGUCGUACAGUGUCUUUCUACUAUAUUCAAGAUACUUUUCUAUUUUCAUUUGUUUUAGAUGUUGAGUUUUGUGAUACUCUGUGUUUCAUCUCCAGGUUUACUUAUGUUUCUUUCUUAUGCAUUGAUCUACCGUUUCACUUCCUUUCUAAACUUCAGAAAUCUAAAACAUGGAAUAUUCACCUUAUGAAUUACCUUUCGUUUUUGUGCAAUGAUUUUUGACGAAAUUUUAAGUCUUCAUCAAGAAAUAUUGCCAAUAUAGAAACGUUUCUAACAAAAGGCCUUUGGUGUAAUGAAAAUUUUCCUAGGGAUGAUGAGUCAGUUCAAUAAUUCUGACGUUUCCUUUCCAUCUUCUGUAAUUUUCAAGGAUACUCACCAGACACUCAUUUAAACCAAUAUAAUAUAAAUAAAUAAAGCUCGAUAAGUAUCCCGCCCCUGUACCUUUUGUGAUUUGCUAGCAUCUUGGUUUACAAGGAACAUGAGGCUCAGAGAAAAGGCGUCUAUCACUGUAUCAGUGAAUACAUGGACAUUCUCUGAUUUUCUGAUUUUGGUUCGCAGAGAACAUCCAUAAACACUGCAUGCUUCCACAUGACGUUAUGCGUAUUGGAGAAAUAGCAUAGAAAUAAACAUCUGUAUUUUUAGACAGCAUAAAACGGAUGCCAGCUUAAUUUUAGUCUGCAGUUAAUGGGUUUGAUGUUCACAUUUAUGACUCUCGUCGUUCGUUAGAACUUAAUAAAAAGGAAAAGGAAAUGGAAGAACCUGGGACUUCGUCUGCUGGAUUGAUUGAUUUUGGGCUUGUCAGGGUUGGAUAUGUUAUUAUGGUUAUCCAUAUGGGUAGGAUCAGAAGCGAGGGUAGUAAAAAACUCUACAUCUAUGUUUUUGGAAACAUGACUCCGGAUAUCUACCUCUUAAAAAUGUAAUACUGAUUAUUAUCUUCAUUGGUUGAGCCUUGGAUAGUUUCGCGCCCCAAGCCUGUCCUAGCAUCUGUUGAAUCUUAUUUACUUCACCGGUAUCGUUGCUUUUAUCCCCAUGUCCUUUUUUAUAUUGUGAAUAAUUGUUCCUUUUUCGUCUGUCAUGUAGUAUGUAGAGGCGAUGCUUCAAAAGGUUAAACAAGAAGAGAAGCUGCGGUUGUCCAGCGAACCACCUUGUCAGUCUCCCAGAUAUCAACAUGCAGACAAGCAGCCCUCCGCUCAUAUCUUCUAUCUUCCAGCCUUCAAAACCACUCAGCAGACGGAAAGGUCCUCUCGGGAAGCUACUGCUCUAAGUGAAGGGAUUGUUGGACGGUGCCCAGAGCCCACUGAAGAUGAGCGAAGUGCUAGUGGAAUGGUGGCGACUGAAGAUUUAUCGAAUUCUUAUCACACAGAAGGGGAGAUAAUCUGUUUCGAUAAUCUGACCAUCCGAGAGCUCCAAGAAGCUUUCAGGGCGACCUUUGGACGCCCGACAUCCGUCAAGGAUAAGCUAUGGCUGAAACGACGUCUAUCAAUCCCUCUGACUAAUUCGUGUCAUGUUCCCUCAACGGGUUUCGCAACGAAAGACAGAAAUGUAGCUAAGAAGAGUGCAAAAGAAGGAGGCCACCACUCCGCAGACAGCCCUAGAUGCGAGGAGGUUGAUUCUCAGCCAGUGGGUCAAAGCGUCAUCUCUUCAAAAGAUGGGGCCCAUGAUUCAAGCCCUUCUAGCCAGGUAGAAGAGAGGAUCUUCUUGUCGGGCAAGAGAUUGAGGCCACCUGGGCUACAAAAUGAUCCAAAGGACGACGGUCUUCACGCUGAGGUCUCUGGAGCGAAGAGGAUAAGGAGACCCACGAAAAGGUACAUCGAGGAAUCUUCAGACGUUGAAACAAGAGAGUGCAGAACUCCUGUUAACAGCUCGCGAGAAAACCUGCACUCGAGUUUCACUUCACCCGGAGGUAUCGACUCCAAGCACUCGAGUUUCGUAUUGAGGAAGGACUUUCUUGGGGGAUUUGGUGUUCAAGUACCAUACGCUCUGAGGGUUCGUCGGGGUCGCCCCAGAACAAGUUUUCUCACCUUUAUGGUACGCUACCCUCUUCCACUUAACGGCGCACCUUAUUAUGAAACUUUCACGCGGUGGUAUAUUUCUGCUUGUUUCUUUCGACAAUCACAGACUAAAAUUAUAGCCACCUCGAACAUUGACCUCGCCAAUAUUCAGAGAACAACCCAUUGAGAAUUUUUCCCUGGUCCAGAGGACACCUAGAUUCUGCAUUUUGCAUUAAUCAAAACAGGGCCGAGUUUCGUUCCUGUGGGCUUGGCUCCUCGAGCGUCUUCUCUCCAUGCAUAAGGAAGGGUCAUUGUUUCAGUGCUCUUUAGUCAUUUACUAAUUCGCUUCCAUUGCUCACUGAUUUGACCCUUGUGGCUUGCAGAACAGUGCCUUCAUUCAGGAAGAUAAGUCGGCGGCAGAGGCCCCCUACUGGAGCAGCGGGCAGGACGUGACGGGCGCAUCUGGAGGUGAUUCGGACGACAGUGGGGAUAUCGUGCUGAUGCCUAAGCAUAACGGGGGAGAGAGGAGGAAGCACCACCGGGCCUGGACUCUUUGGGAAGUCACGAAGCUUAUCGAAGGAGUCUCCAAGUACGGCGCUGGGAGAUGGUCCGAGAUAAAGCGUCUCGCCUUCCCAUCCUAUACACAGCGUACCUCAGUCGAUCUCAAGGUACCCUACUUCACACACACAUAUAUAUAUUCUGUUAUUUAAAAGGGAAGAUCUUUCAUGCAUACCUGGGUCCGUAUCUGGGCUGGGCUUGAAGGAAAACCGAUAUGUAAGCCCGGCCCUACGUACACCUAUCUGAGAAAAGGGAGUGAUCGGUGAGGAAAUGGAGCAAGAGAGAUAAAAGUGCGACACGAGAGAUUAUGGGACAGCUACGUGACAGGAAGAAGGUCAGACCCUAUGGAAGCCGGGAUUUGGACAGAUAAGGAUUAGGCCUGCAGUAUUUCUUUUUCCAGGUUCGAUUUUGAGGUCCAAGCUCUCUCUCUCUCUCUCUCUCUCUACUUAUGUGUAUAUUUACAUGUAUAUUUAGAUAUGUAAAUAGAAACUUAGUCUCUGGAGUGAUUGGGGUUUUUUUUUGGAGUUGUUCCCAUUUGCUAGAAAAUUAGAAGGAUAAGGUGGACAUAACCUGCCCUUAUCUUUAGUGGGGUGAACAACUGGCCAAUCGGAAAACACGAUCUUUGCCUGCUCAACUUUCUCCGCCUUUCAACUAUUAUUUAUCUUUGAAGGACAAAUGGCGGAACCUGCUGAGAGCUUGUUUCACCCAGCGACCCGCGGAGAACAGGGUGAGGAUCCUUGGUCUCUCUUGUUUCUUGGUCUCUUUUUCAUAUGAUCCUCAUUACUCUAGCAAUCAAGUAAUCAGGAUCAGCCAAUCAGGGUCGAGAUUGGUCUUGGCUAAUCCAGUUCCAUCGGCCCGGCCCGGACGGAGAUCAUCCUUGGCUGGUGCCAUUUAGCAUAUAAAUCAACAGAUUCAUUCAAUUCUAUUCAUCCGGCGUAAGAUGCGCCAGAUAGGUUCUUGGUUCUGUUAUGUUCUCCAGUCUCUUGACAAAACUCGUUGCUCAGAACACCCGGAGACACAACUCGGCGCCGCCAAUUCCCACGUGGGUUCUCGCGCGCGUCAGGGAGCUCUCGGAGAUGCAGCAGGCCCACCAAAGGAUCGGAGGAUUCGGCUCCACCAAGGCCGCGCGGUGAGUGCCUGUAAAUUCUCUGUAUAUUUGUAACCUACUGAAUCACCUACUUGCACCCAAUAACCAUGAUUUCAAACCAACAAGGUCCAUGGCGCGGUUCAAAUAUGUGGGAGCGCGGGGGUCAAUGGGCGUCUCCAGAGACCCAUUGGCUGCCGCCACCACUUAUCACCGCCCUUUACACCUCGCCACGUUGGGCAUUUGCAGCACCUUCAACGUUGGCCUUGGUGGAUUUGAGACUUUGGGUUCUAUGAAAAUCAGACUCUGUCCAUCACAUUUACAAGACCCCGAAUCCACUUGGUCAAUUGGAGGGAGGCAACCCUAG